AUGGCGCCGCGGCCCAAACUGACGCUGUAUAUCGACACCGUGUCGCCGUUCGCGUAUAUCGCCUAUCACGUUUUGCGGAAUGAUCCUGUAUUCAAGGAAUGCGAGAUUACGUAUAUCCCCGUGUUCCUGGGCGGGAUCAUGAAGGCGUGCAACAACGUGCCGCCCAUCUCGAUUAAAAACAAGGACGCCUGGAUCAACGUCGAGCGCAAGCGCUGGGCCCGCCUCUUCAACGUCCCCAUGGCGGACGAGGCGCCCGAGGGAUUCCCGCAUCUGACUCUGACUAUCAUGAGAGCGUUAUGUGCCCUCAUCAUCUUGCACCCUGGGGACGAAGGGCAGGAUGUCCUGGCCAAGGCCUUGGAGGCGCUGUGUAGAGCUUACUGGGUCGACAAGAGGAAGACCUUUGAGAGGGAUGUGCUGGUCGAGGUGUUGGCCGAGACGUUUGGGGGAGAGGAGGCUGAGAAGGUGAUGGCCACGGCCGGCCAGGAGGGCAAAGCGUUGCUGGCGAAGAACUCGGAGCAAGCUGUCACCGAGGGGGCUUUUGGCCUGCCGUACUUCGUGGCGACGAACAGUCAGGGCGAGACGGACCGGUUCUGGGGAGUUGAUCACAUGGGCUUGCUGACGAUGCACUUGGGGUUGAAGAAACCUGCGACGGGUGGGUGGAGAGCACUGCUGUAG